AUGAAAGGCGUCUCUUCGGCGCCCGGUGAUUACAUCUACUUCAAGUCUCAGGUCCCCCUUCACAAGAUCCCUAUUGGUUCAAAGCAGUGGCGGUAUUAUGACUGUGGUCCAAAAGUGGUUCCACCACUUAUUUGUCUUCCUGGUAUAGCGGGAACAGCGGAAGUAUACUACAAGCAGAUCAUGUCAUUGUCCAUGAAGGGCUACCGAGUGAUUUCUAUUGAUAUUCCACGUGUAUGGAACCAUCAUGAGUGGGUUCAAGCUUUUGAGAAGUUUUUGGAUGCUAUUGACGUUCAUCAUAUACAUCUAUACGGAACAUCCCUUGGAGGCUUCUUAGCACAGCUUUUUGCACAGCAUCGUCCACGACGGGUUCGAUCAUUGAUACUCUCAAAUACAUUUUUGGAGACUCGUAGUUUCUCAGCUGCCAUGCCAUGGGCUCCCAUUGUUGGCUGGACCCCUUCUUUUCUGCUAAAGAGACAUGUCUUAACGGGAAUUCCUAACGGUCCCCAUGAACCAUUUGUUGCAGAUUCUGUGGACUUUGUGGUUUCUCAGGUUGAAACUCUCUCAAGAGAUGACUUGGCCUCCAGAUUGACUUUGACAGUUGACGCUGCAUCAGUUGGACCUCUUCUGCUUUCAGAUUCUUUUAUCACUCUAAUGGAUACAAAUGACUACUGUUCAAUCCCUCAACAACUCAAAGAUCAAGUGAUUGAAAGGUACCCUGGUGCAAGACGAGCAUACUUGAAGAGUGGUAGCGAUUUUCCGUUUCUUUCACGUCCAGAUGAAGUUAAUCUUCAUCUUCAGCUACACCUCAGACGAGUUGGUGUCGAAGCUCGGCCCGACUUGGUCCCAGGCAUUCCAAAGGAUGGUACUGGUGGAAGUUCUAGUGAACAAAAUGAUGGAAGAGAAAAUGCUGAUGAUGCACCAAACGGUGAUGGGAGAAACUCUCAGAGUCCUACGGGUGAAAGUCAGCCACCACCACCUCCAGAAAGUACAGAUUCUCAAAAUAUAGACAACCAGCUCCUCAGCAAUGCAAAAAUCUCUGACCCCAAUGGGGAACUAUUGGCAUUUCUGUUACUGCAUGCAUUACCCAAGAACCAGCAACAGUUGAUUGCCUCAAAAGCCUUUUUGCACUUUGCAUUGGACGCGUUUCUUAUAUACCUGCUUCCUCUAUAUCUGGAGACAUUGUACAUUAAUUGGAACUAUUUCUGGAAAUUUAGACAGUUUGUGUAGAUGAGACUUUGUACAUUGUUAUUUCCAGAAGUUCUUUUUUGUUUUUUUCGUUUUUUUGUUUUACAAAUUCAAGCGACUGGUGCAAAUUGAAUAUAAGUUUGUCUAGUCUGUUCAUGUUUUGGUUGAGAUAUCUACGGUGUAUUACUUUCAUUGCAUUUCUAGUAUUCUGAAG